AUGUCAGGAGGAUUAUUUGGAGGAACAGGUACAGGUGGUGCAGGAUUAUUCGGAACAUCAGGUAGCAGUACCAGUACAACAGGUGGUAGUGGUUUGUUUGGAGCAGCUCCAUCAACCUCAGCUAAUGGAUUAUUUGGUGGUGCCUCAACAACACCAUCUUCAGGUGGUUUAUUUGGUGGUGCCUCAACAACACCAUCAAGCGGUUUAUUCGGUAGUACACCAGCUUCAACUACAACACCUGCUGGCGGAUUAUUUGGUGGUGCCACCACAACACCAUCAAGCGGUUUAUUCGGUAGUACACCAGCUUCAGCCUCAUCAACAUCAACAGGAUUAUUUGGAAGUACACCAAGUUCAUCUUUAACAACACCAUCUGCACCAGGUGGUGGAUUAUUUGGUGGUUCUUCAACAUUACCUUCAGUUGGUGGUUCUUCCUCAACAACAUCAACUGGUAGUGGAUUAUUUGGUGGUUCUUCAACUUCAUCUGCACCAUUACCUACAGCUGGUUUAUUUGGUGGUUCCUCAACUUCUACACCAACCGCAGGUAGCGGAUUAUUUGCAACACCAGCAACUCCAUUAGCAUCCACAGGUAAACCAGCACCAACUGGUGGUUUAUUCGGCGGUAGUGGUGCAUCAACUACUGGAUUGUUUGGUUCAAGUUCAUCAUCAACCCCAUCAACUCCAUUAUCAGCAACAAAUUUAGGAAGUACACCAGCUGGCUUAUUUGGUGGUGCAACUAAUACUGCUCCAUUAUCAACCACAACAUUGUCAAGUGGUGCUUUAUUCGGUGGUGCUUCAACUCAACCAACAUCAACUACAACUACAACCACACCAGCAACAACCUCAUUAACCUCAGGCGGAUUAUUUGGUGGCAGCUCUUUAACUACAACAACAACAACUUUAGGAAGUACACCAAGCGGAUUAUUUGGUGCAACUACUACAACACCAUCAACAACCACUACUGCACCAACCAGUGCUACCACAACAUCAGGACUAUUUGGCUCAACACCAUCAACAACCACUACCACAACAUCAGGAUUAUUUGGUUCAACACCAGCAACCACUACCGCACCAACUUCUACAACCACCACCACAGCACCAAAUACAGGUGGAUUAUUUGGUGGCUCAACAACUACAUCAACACCAACUACAGGUGGUGGAUUAUUCGCUGGUACAACAGCAACAACAACAACAGCAACAACAACUACAACACCAUCAACUACAGGUGGAUUAUUUAGCGGAACAACAACAACAACUACUACUACACCAUCAACUACAGGUGGAUUAUUUGGUGGCUCAACAACAUCAGCAACAACCACUACACCAACCAGUACCACCACAACAUCAGGAUUAUUUGGCUCAACACCAUCAACAACUACUACUACAUCAGGAUUAUUUGGUUCAACACCAGCAACCACUACCACACCAUCCACAACAUCCAAUACUGCCACUACAUCAGGACUUUUUGGUUCUACAACACAAACUACACCAACUUUAAAUAAUAACAAUAAUAAUAAUAAUAAUAAUCCACUUACAACUUCACAACUUGGUGGUACCUCAUCAACUACACCAGUUACAACCAACCAAAAUACUGAUACAAUUGCAAUUAAUGAAAGUAAAAUUUUAGAAACUUUAUUAAACGAAUGGAUAGCAGAAAUUGAAACCCAAACCAGAGCAUUUUAUGAACAAGCCGGUAAAAUUUAUCAAUGGGAUCAAGUUAUCAUGGAAAAUUCACAAAAAUUAACAAGAUUAAUGGAAUCAGUAUCAAUUAUUAAUCAUAAACAAAUCGAAUUGGAUCAAUGUAUUGAUAUAGUACAAGAACAACAAGAAUUAUUUGAAAGAUCAUUAAAUGCAUUAGAUUCAAAGAUUAAAAGCAAUCCAAAAGAAAAUGAAACAUCAGCAGAUUUAGAAAGAGAAAAAAUUUAUUCAUUAACAACGAAAAUUGAUGAUGAUAUUAUCAAAGUAGAAACCAAAUUAAAGAAUGUUGUAAAUAAAAUCAAUGAGAAUCAACAAAAAGAAGAAAAUCCUAAAGAUUUAAACCAAAAAAUUUCAAAAAUAUUAAACGAUCAUUUAAAUACUCUUCAAUGGAUAGAUAAAUCAACUGUAGUCCUUAAUGAUACAUUAAAAGUUAUAGAAAAUGAAUCUAACCAAUUACCAGAAUUAAGAAGAUUUUAA